GGGUGGCGGUGUUGAGUCAGCUCAGCGGUCUCCCAGCAACAGCAUGUAAAUAACUCUUUUACCUCUUCGGACUGAGGCGCAUGACAGAGGAGGAGAAAUGAAUGAGACGCUGGUUUGAAUCUGGUUAUUUGAUGGAUUAACUGGAGGGAAGCGUUAAAUCAUCCAGAAAACACGACCCGAGGCCAAACUACAGAUCAGACAGACAGCUCAUGGUUGCUGACUAGCCAAUGGGGCUGUUUGACAAGUUGGCGGGAUGGCUGGGGUUGAAGAAGGAGGUGAAUGUUCUGUGUCUCGGUCUGGACAACAGCGGGAAGACCACGAUCAUCAACAAGCUCAAGCCGUCCAAUGCCCAGGCACAAGACAUCGUCCCAACCAUUGGUUUCAGCAUAGAGAAGUUCAAGACCUCCAGUCUUUCCUUCACAGUGUUUGACAUGUCAGGUCAAGGCAGGUACAGAAACCUCUGGGAGCAUUACUACAAGGAAGGUCAGGCGAUCAUAUUUGUCAUUGAUAGUGCAGACAAACUGAGGAUGGUUGUUGCCAAAGAAGAACUGGACACAUUACUGAAUCAUCCCGAUAUUAAACACAGGAGGAUCCCCAUCCUUUUUUUUGCAAACAAGAUGGAUGUCAGGGAUGCUCUGUCGUCAGUCAAGGUCUCCCAGCUGCUCUGCUUGGAGAACAUCAAAGACAAACCCUGGCACAUCUGUGCCACAGAUGCUCUGAAAGGAGAAGGUUUACAGGAGGGAGUCGACUGGUUGCAAGAUCAAAUCAAAACAUUGAGAACAUGAGGGCCUGAGGGAAAAUGCUUGAAGAAACAGCAUCUGUUAAAGUCUGUCAUGUAAGAUGUGUUGACCUUGUUUUCAGAAGUACAGUAAGAUAGUAAUGUUUUUAACACGGUGUUGAGGUGGUUCUUGGACGUGUGUGGUUCACGGGAACAAUUAAAGCCCAUAAUCUCAUUUAGAACAAUAAAAUAAAUAAAAAUCCUAAAUUAGUGAGAAAGAGGAGAGUUGAGGAGUUCAUUUUAGGCAAAUUCUCAUCAGUCUGAACAGCCAUUUUCAAAGGAACAAUAACAUUUAAACAUGGACUUCUAUUUACAUUAUCCCUCCCAUUCCUUUAAACAGCUGUUUAAUAUCUCCGUGUAUCAGGGAUCAUGAUGCUCUUAAAAAAAGUCAAUGUGUUUGGUGCUGUCUUUCUUUUAAGGAGCAUGAAUACCUAGGAUGUCUUGUAGAUGAGACACACAUGUUAGUUGCUGUGGCAGAAUCAAACUGGCACUACAUUAUACCAGUGAUGUAAACUGUGAUGUCACGUGUCAUAUCAUUAGUAAAGGCAAGAAUUGCCUUCUCCAGCUUAUAUGUAGAGCCAUCUCACUGUCACAUUAAACUGUUGCUAUGGUAUAUCUUUACUGCAGCUCAGACUUGAUGCAGCUCUGCUCCUGUUUCGUUAACAUGGCUCUUUUUUUUUUGUAGUUGUGAAAAUAUAUUUUCCAUACUGAAGAUCAUAAUUUUAGCCAAUUAAAUGUUUUCUGGGAGGCAGUAGAUUCUGUUGUAAAUAUUGUUACUUGUGGCUCAGUGACUAUAAAUAAUAUUUUACUUAGCUGGAACAAGUGAUGAAUGAAUGUCAAGUUAGUUUGCCUGAUUUUCAACUAGUUUUUAUAUUUGCCUUAUUUCAUUUUUCAAAGCAAAACACUGUUUUCAAACAAAAUGAUUGUUAUAGUUGACUCAUAGUUAAUUAAAGUAUAUAAUAUAUAAAUAUAUGCUCAGUCUCCUCAUGUUGCAAACUGUUGGUCCUCUUCUUUAGUCUCGGACCAAAAGCUUGAUUUAAAAAAUGUACAGAUCACAGAGUGCGGUUGCUUCUGUUUCUUUCUGAUGGCGUUUGCCAAACUCCAUCGCCUCAACCUCAGCCAUAUAGCAAAUAGUAGUUUUGAGUCAAAUAGGAAAUAACUGAAAAUGUGUGGAAGUAAUAGCGAUUGAUUGUAUAUAUUCUGUAGUAACUUGUUCAUAAAUGUUUCAUCUGUAACUCCCAUUUUAGUCCUACAGUUCUCCCAACUUGUAGAAGAUACAUCUAGUAAAACUCCCGAAAGGUUUUUUUCCACCACAGACACUUGACACUGACCUGAGACAUAAAUAUGAGGGUAAGAUGAACGACAGGAGUUUUUACAGCCCUGUUCACUUUCCAUGGUUCCAAAUACAAACAGUAGAAUGUAUAACCUCAAUGUAUGAAGGUGGACAGGACACGAUUCUGUUUUUGUUUUUUUUAUUUAGUUUUGUGUGUUACUUUAAUUCCAUUCAUAUCGGACAUGUAUUUUUGUACCACUGGGUGACACCCAAGUCCUAAACAUUCAAUUCCUACUUGUACAGGCUUUAAGGGCGCCGCGGUGAUUUUGGAACGUGUUCUCUAUUUGUAAUUGGAGGACAUUUCAGAGUGGUGAUUCUUCUUUUUCAUGUCCUCCAGACAUUGUUUUUAAAAACAAGGAGCACAAGUUCACUUUAGCUGUAGAUUGUUCCCUCACAAUGUCCCAUCACAUGAGCUCUAUGUAUUUUGAUUAUUACACUGAAUGUGUAAUAAAGAAUAAAUGCAGUGCAAAAUAUGAAA